AUGGGGUUGUUUUUUUCUAAGAAGAAACCUGUCAGUCGGGUUACUGAACAAGACAAAGCUGUGCUGCAAUUAAAACAAGCGAGAGAUAAAAUAAAAACUUACCAAAGAAGAAUUGAACAAAAUCUUGAAAAAGAUCGUGAGCUUGCAAAAAAAUUACUUCAGAGCGGACGUAAAGAACGAGCAUUAUCGCUUUUGCGCAAGAAGAAAUUCCAAGAGCAAGUUCUCUCAAAAACCGACAAUCAGCUGGAGAAUUUAGAGCGAAUGGUUCACGAUUUAGAGUUUGCUCAGAUAGAGACUAAGGUCAUUGAUGGGUUGAAGAUCGGUAACUCAGCUUUAAAGAUGCUCCACGACGUCCUGUCAAUUGACGAGAUUGAGAAAGUGAUGGAUGAGACGCGCGAAGGCCUGGAAAAACAGAAGGAGUUGGAUGAUCUCCUCAUGGGUCAGCUGACUGACGAGGAUGAAAGCCAGGUUGAGGCUGAGCUUGACGCUCUUGCUGCUCAGGAAGUUGAGGAAGUUCCGGAAGUUCCUCGGGAUUCGUACAAAUUUACAUUACUGUUUAUCUAA